CGAACAGAAGCCCGUCACGCAGGCACCUCGCGUCAUCGCUCUUCGCUGUUUCUCCCGCUUCCGCAGCAAGGAUGCUCCCUUCGUAUAUCGGUGGCGCAGCUAGCUGUGGCUUGGGCGGAUAAUUCCGCAAUGGCCACCUGGUCUUAUAUAUUGCUCUUCUCUCCAGAACAUCCCACCGCUAUAGCAGAUCGACCCCCGACGUGACGGCGCCCCAAACAACUGCACGAGACUGCAAUGGAAAUUUGCGAAAAAGGCCAAAUCUUUAUUGAGAAAGAAAACGACUACAUUUUUGACCACUCGAAAAUUAUUCUGCGAAGAGCCGACGACGAAUACUUCUACGCGAGGACUAGCCAGUACAUCUUCCGAUCCCCUCAAAUCGACAUCAACGGACUGGAUACAAUUCAAAUCCCUGCGCACCAUGUCUGGCCAUUAGCCGAUCCCAAAUUCACUCGAGCUCCCGAACCUCUACCUUCCACCUGCUACCUGAAGCGACCCAGCCUUCUGUAUUAUGAAAAUACUCCCGACAAACCUGACUACGGUCGUCAGAUUCUGACUGAGGUGGAAGCAUGCGAGGUCUUAAGAAUACACCCACAUCCCAACAUUGCUCAAUACCUGGGCUGCAUCGUUAAAGACGGUAGAAUAAGAGGGCUUUGCUUUGCUAAGUACUCUAUAACUCUCUCGCAGAUGUUAAAGGAUAAGUCACCUUUUCACAGGAGCCAUUGUCUGCGUGGGAUUGAAGCAGGUGUUCGGCAUAUGCAUGACUUGGGGCUUGUACAUAACGAUCUUAACCCAUCAAACAUCAUGAUGGAUGGAGACAAUCCUGUCAUUAUAGACUUUGACUCAUGCAAGCGAGAAGGAGACAAACUAAGUUCGAAGGCAGGAACUUGCGGGUGGACACUGGACGGCGAAGCCUACGCAAGGCGAAACAAUGACCUCUACAGUCUCUCCAAGAUACAAGCAGCCCUUAUAAAAGGAAAUUAAAGGGUGUGUAGCUAGCUCUAUCACUUUCCCGUUGAGUCUUCCCUAGUCGCCUCGCUCU